AUGACCGACAUCCAUAGCCUAGUGGGAUGGCAAAAUAUUUUCAAGUGCUAUCCUAUCUUCGACAACAUCUGUGCUUACUUGGAACCCAAUGACAUCUUGCUAUUCCAGCUAACGACCAAGCAACUUACUCCGUUUUUUGAGACUCUAUUCAGGACGCAAUGGAAUAUCAAUCGUCAGCUCAAACGCUUUGUCAAAGAUCCUGUCAGCUUCCGCUCACAGCUAGCUACAUAUGAUGCUCUCAUCUCGGGAAGCUUUGCUGUUCAGUUCUUCGAGAGAAAAAUCUGGGAGGACUCUGAGCUAGAUGUUUAUGUGGAAGGCUGGAUUGAUGACCAAGACAGUUUUGAUGCUCUGGGCGAAUAUUUGGUAGUAAAUGAAGGAUAUACGCUUCAGUCCGCGCGAACAAUAGCUAAUGGUGGCUUGUCGUCUGAUCAAGAGCGUGGGUGGCGUAUCUCUGGGAUCAAAACAUAUGUGAGAAAGUUGAGCGGGGGAAAAUCAACCAAGAUCCGAAUCAUCUGUACGACUACUACCCCUUUGCAUGCAAUAAUUGGCGUUUUUGGUCAAACCCAGAUGAUGAACAUCAUCUCGUGGGAUUUUGCCUAUUCGCUCUUUCCCGAUAUGACCUUCAUCAAAAGGGCAGCUUACAGUAUCAAUGGAGAUGAGGAUGAUAACUCGGUAGCAGACAUCUAUGGUGAGACUCUUGCGAUGAAAUAUCAACGUUUAGGAUGGACAUGGGAGAAAGCACCCGCCAAAAACGAUCUGAAAAACACACACUCCCUUCAAUUGACUAGCAACAGACAUCUUGGUGAUCCUUACACAUGGAUCAUUCCACUCGACGUAGGUGGUAUCACACCUGGCAAACCUAGAUCCGUCCUCCAGCAUUCGUUCUUCAAAGUCGAACAACUUGUUCCAUAUGAAAGCAUCGAACCAGGCCAUUUCAUCAUACAUGUAAGAACUGUAAAGAGCAGGCUUCUGCGCUAUACCUACACGACGUCGAUCCACCAACAUGACCGUGGCUCCUUCUGGGGUUCUGUGGAAGAUAUCCUAGAUGAUUUGGAACACUUUGAAAUUUCCAAGUUCUCUGAAGAAGAACAAGAAACGCUCUUUCGGAAAUCGCGGCAACAUACCAAAUUUAAGGAUCAAAUAUUCGGCAUUGAGCCAGAGGGCUGGAGGUUUUUUGAUGACCAGAUUCCGGUUUGGUACGAAGAGCACUGUAAACGCCAGCGAGAACGACUGAGGGUUGAGAAUGAUGAGAAAUUCAAUGUUAGCGAUACAUCUGAUCUUACGUUGGGUGCGUUUCAGGUAAUGGAUGAUCUGAUCCCAUCUUACAUGAUCGUCGGAGUGAUUAUUUAUUUAUUUCGUCAAAGAGGCAGUCAGCGCCGCAAUGAAAGGAACAAAUAG